GCUUCUAAGGAUGCAAACUUAUAGUAACCUGAAUUCAGUACGAGAAAAUCGGAGUCAACUGAGACAUAAAGGGGAUGGCCAUCCCCGCCCUCCAAGGCUGGCACCCCGGCGAGGUCGCCAUCCAACGCCAACUGGGCUACGCGACCGCCGUAUCAUCUCAUUGGACUGCGGUCGAAAACCAACUUCGUGAACAACAUCAAAUAUUCCACACCUCGAAUUUGCCGUUCAUUGCACUCACGACUACCGAUGCUGAUGGACGGCCUUGGGGUGGAAUAGUUGCAGGAUCGACGGGAACUGUCGGAUUCGUAGACAGUCCAAGUUUAAAGUCGUUAGUUUUCCGACCACGAUUAUGGGAGGGCGAUCCAAUAUUACCGACCCUUCAGGGGUGGAAAUCACUGAAAGAUAUCACCAAUCACCAAAUGGAAGGCCGAAGAUCAGAAGAGACGUCACUGACGGCUGGGUUGGGUAUCGAAUUCCCGACGCGCAGAAGGAAUAAGUUUGCGGGGGAAAUUCACAUGGUAAAGGCGAUGUCGCACUAUGAUUAUAUAUUUGAAGUUGAGAUUACUGAGGCGUUGGGCAAUUGUCCAAAGUAUAUAAAUGUGCGUCAACUUGACCCAUUCCCGUGGGCGAAACCACACCUCGUUUACCAAUCACUGCAUAUGGCACCGACGGAGAAGCUACCCCCUGAAGUGAUUGAUAUGAUAGAAUCCGCCGACACGGUCUUUGUGGCAACAAUCCACAGACCUGACCCUACCUCCGCAGCCAUGUUUCCCUCACAUGCGGGCAUGAACUCUCGUGGCGGCUUUCCAGGGUUUCUACGGGUGAGGCCGUCUGACCGACGAAGCGUUGUCCUGCCUGAUUAUUCUGGAAACAGAUUCAUGAAUAGUCUUGGCAAUAUCGAGUCAAGCGGGUUGGCAGGCUUUACGAUCAUUUCGUUCACAACCGGCGACAUCUUGUACUUGACCGGUACAGCAAGAAAUUACGUUGGACCAUCUGCUCUCGAGAUCAUGUCUAGACAUGCAGCAAUUACCGUUCUUAGCACUACGGGAUUUACGCUGGUUCGGAAUGCGCUUCCCGUGAGACAGCGCAAAGGGUCGGAAGUUGGACGGAGCCCCUACACUCCGAAAGUUAAGUAUCUGGUCGAAGAAGGGCAAGCGGACGCUGGUGGGGCACAAGGCCACAAGGCUAUGCUCCAAAAGGGAAUGCAACUGUCUGAUGACCUGGCUAUCUUCAGGUUUGAGGUAAUCUCGAAGGGGGACGUUCGGCCGUUAAGGAUCCGACCUGGUCAAGCUAUAGUGCUAGACUUUAUGGAUUGGAUAGGUCCACCACCGUACCAGCAUAUGGCAGAUUCAGCACCCGGGUCGAUAAACGAUGAUCGUGUGCGAACUUGGACAGUAUCUAGCGCACACGAAGAUAGUGAUGUCGCAUGGUUUGAGAUAACAAUGCGGGAGAUGAAGGGUGGCGUCGUGACAAAAGCCUUGUUUGAUGUGCUCAGGCUUUCGCCGCCAAAUAGAUGGGAUCAUCCUAUUUUUCUGGAAGGGGAGGUCGUCACAGAAAUUGUAGGCGUUACUGGGGAGUUUACAUUGAAUAAACGAGAGGUCAAUCUGCUGCUAAUUGCAGGAGGGAUCGGAAUUAC